AUGCGUUUUUUCCCGGUGCUCGUGUAUUUAUUCAGCUCACUACCAUUUUUACGUAAGUUCGGAAUGAGCAGAGCUCAUGAUUUAGCCGGCGGUGAUUCCAGCAUGCUACAGGAUAUGAGUUCGCUAUCGAUGUUAAAGAUAUGGCUAGGGUUAGAAAUUCGUCAAUUGAUGAGCAUCUCUUCAAAACAGAUAUACGAACUAGUAAAAACGGAUCAAUUGUGUCCAAAUUACUAA